AUGGGUCCCAAGACCAAAAAGUUUGAGAACCGCUGUUUUGUGGUGGCUGUGGCGGCGGCUGCGGCGGCGGCUGCGGCGGCGGCUGCGGCGGCGGCUGUGGUGGUGGCUGUGGUGGUGGCUGUGGCAGCUGCAACAGCUGCAGAUGCUACCGGGUGGGCUGCUGCAGCAGCUGCUGCCCCUGCUGUCGUGGCUGCUGUGGGGGCUGCUGCAGCGUCCCCGUGGUCUGCUGCCACCGCCGCACCUGCAGCUGCCACUCGUGUGGGAAGGGCUGUUGCCAGCAGAAGAGCUGCUGCCAGCAGCAAUGCUGCCACUAGGCUGAUGAUAGCAGAAGUGUCCUUAAAUUUGGCAGAGUCCCCUCUACUGACACCAUGGGCUGCUGUGGUUGUGGAAGUUGUGGUGGCUGCAGUGGUGGCUGCGGUGGUGGCUGCGGUGGUGGCUGCGGUGGUGGCUGUGGCGGUGGCUGUGGCGGUGGCUGUGGUGGUGGCUGCAACAGCUGCAACAGCUGCAGAUGCUACCGGGUGGGCUGUUGCAGCAGCUGCUGCCCCUGCUGCUGUGGCUGCUGUGGGGGCUGCUGCAGCGUCCCCGUGGUCUGCUGCCACCGCCGCACCUGCAGCUGCCACUCGUGUGGCUGCGGGGGUGGGAAGGGCUGUUGCCAGCAGAAGAGCUGCUGCUGCCAGCAGAAGUGCAGCUGCCAGAAGCAGUGCUGCCACUAGGUGA